ACUCACUGGUUUGGGUUUGUAUACUUGCUGGUUUGUAUAUUCACUGGUUUUGGUUUGUACCCUCACUGGUUUAUGUAUUAACUGGGUUAUGUAUUCACUGGUUUUUAUACCCACUGGUGCAGAUGGAAGUCCUGUUGUAGAACAUGGAUUCAUGCCUUGGUGCAUGAGGACCUCUUGUGGUUAUUGGGAGUCACAUUUCGUCAACGUCGCUGAACCUGACAGUUGAAGCAGAAUGUAUCACUGGCUCAAUCCUCUGUCAUAAACAGCAUUCCUUACAUUUUUGGCCAGAAGGUCAAUUCCAUGAAAGUAUGUAUUUUAUCUCCCCUUUUAGGCUUUAUGGAACAAACACUGUCAUGAAUCUGUCUUCAUUACCAUGUCUCAGAUUUCAUGAUAUUAAGUAAGAUCAUGCAGUCCUGUUUCUUUACACUUGUAUAAAUGAAACAACCCCUUUUAAGAUGGGAGGAGUUCUCUACCAGGCUUACCAGAAACAUUAUUUCCCCUCAUCGCACCCAAACAAAAAACCUAGAACAGGGUUAGGCAGCUGGGUUUCGUGCUAGGACAAGACUUGUUGACCCCUCGCCUAGAUGCAAUCGCAAUCUCUUGCUAUUUUGACAUAAUGAAAUGCAGAAUUGCUAACCAUUUUACUACAUUUUCAGAUGCCAACCCACUAUCUCUAACCCCUAGUGGUGUUUUCUUGACCCCAGGAUCUGUUUAGAAUUACCGUGUCAGCCUCCCGAUCAGAGUGGGGGUGAAGUCACGUGUGUUGGCUGAAAAGGUGCCUUUUCCCCAAAAGGACCCAAAGAUGAAGCACCCGGAGACACAACCCGAGCACAAGGGGCGUGAUGUCCAGACUCAGACAGAGGGCCUGGAGCAGGGUCCAGAAGGAGGGAAACUGGAGGCAGAGAUGCAGCAGCAGUCGGGCUUUGACAUGAUCUACACUAUAGAGGAUGUCCCACCAUGGUAUCUCUGUAUUCUACUGGGCCUGCAGCACUACCUGACAUGUUUCAGCGGCACCAUCGCUGUGCCCUUCCUAUUGGCUGAGGCCAUGUGUGUUGGACAGGACCAGUACACCGUCAGUCAGCUGGUGGGAACCAUCUUCACCUGCGUGGGAAUCACCACACUCAUACAGACCACAUUCGGUGUCAGGUUACCUCUGUUCCAGGCUAGUGCUUUGGCCUUCCUCAUCCCUGCCCAAGCCAUCUUAGGGCUGGAAAGAUGGAAAUGCCCUCCUGAAGAGGAGAUUUAUGGGAACUGGAGUCUUCCUCUGAACACUUCCCACAUCUGGCACCCAAGGAUAAGAGAGAUUCAGGGGGCCAUCAUAGCCUCCAGUGUGGUGGAGGUGGGCAUCGGCCUGGUGGGUCUCCCUGGCCUCCUGCUGGAUUACAUCGGGCCCCUGACCGUCACGCCCACCGUGUCUCUCAUUGGCCUGUCGGUCUUCCAGACCGCGGGGGACAGAGCUGGCUCUCACUGGGGCCUCUCAGCACUGUGCAUCUUCCUAAUCGUGCUGUUUGCUCAGUACCUGAGGAACUGGGCUUUUCCUUUCCCUACCUACAACAGAAAGAAAGGCUUCGGCACCACCAGGGUCCAGAUCUUUAAGAUGUUCCCGAUCAUCAUGGCCAUCAUGGUGGUGUGGUUGCUGUGUUACAUCCUGACCCUGACCGACGUGCUGCCCAGCGACCCCAGGCGCUACGGACAGAAGGCCCGCACCGACGCGCGUGGUGACAUCAUGACCCUCUCGCCUUGGUUUCGAGUACCCUACCCCUGCCAGUGGGGUUUGCCCACAGUCACCAUUGCAGGAGUGCUGGGCAUGUUCAGUGCCACACUUGCUGGAAUUGUAGAGUCAAUUGGGGACUACUAUGCCUGUGCCCGCCUCUCAGGGGCACCCCCGCCUCCUAUCCAUGCCAUCAACAGGGGCAUCUUUAUAGAAGGUGUGUGCUGUGUAAUAGCUGGGCUGCUGGGAACAGGAAAUGGCUCCACCUCCUCCAGUCCCAACAUUGGAGUCCUGGGAAUCACUAAGGUUGGCAGCAGGAGAGUGGUGCAGUAUGGAGCAGCCAUUAUGCUGGUUCUAGGAACUGUGGGGAAAUUCACUGCCCUAUUCGCAUCGCUGCCUGAUCCCAUUUUAGGUGGCAUGUUCUGCACGUUGUUUGGCAUGAUCACGGCUGUGGGCUUGUCCAACCUGCAGAGUGUGGACCUCAACUCCUCUAGGAAUCUCUUUGUCCUUGGCUUCUCCAUGUUCUUUGGCCUAAUGCUGCCCAACUACCUGGAUUUGCACCCAGGAUGCAUCAAAACAGGUGUGGCGGAGUUGGAUCAAAUUAUCACUGUGCUCCUGACCACAGAGAUGUUUGUUGGAGGCUUCCUGGCCUUUGCCCUGGAUAACACCAUCCCAGGCACAAAGAAGGAGAGGGGGCUGCUGGACUGGAAGGCGGAUGAGAGUGGGGGAAGCUCUGUGAACAUGGAUUCCUAUGACUUCCCCAUCGGCAUGAGCUGCGUUAGGAAGGUCAGCUGCCUGCGCUACUUUCCCAUCUGCCCCAGCUUCCAGGGCUUCAGGCAACGCAUACGGACGGACGACGUGCAGGAAGACACAGACGCAGAGUUAAGGAAAAGUGUGCGCAUGGACACGACAAUUACCGUGGCCUGCACCCGAGUAUAGUGCCUCUCCACCGAUUCAUCUUCUAGACCUUCUUAUGGGUUUUCGUAGGGGAGUGUUUUUCGCAGUUAUUUAUUGUUUUGGUUACUUACGGCUGUAAUCGGCUGUUGAAAAUCAGGAGCGUGUGCAGUCAGAUGAGUGAGUGGGAAUGGUGGUGAUGUUGUGAGGCCAUAAUUAAUUUCUCAGACCGGGCUAUUAUUUAUGAGAGCACAUUGCUCACCACAUUGAUUUAGGAUGUUUGGUAUGUUGUCCCGUUUUCUUGUUCACCAACACCCUGGGGGUUUAUAAGCAUUAUGUUUCUAUGAUCUGUGUGCUGAAGAACAGUGAGGCAAGUAUAAAGACAAAUCCUUACAUUGUUGUAGCCUGUGUCAGAAGAAGCAGACAGAACAUUAACAGUGGUUAUUUAUUAAGGCUUUAUUGUGUACAAAAUAAAGAAAUAAUGUUAAUUUAUCUCUUCUGAUGAUCUGAAGUCAAACCAAUGUGUGGUAAUGCAAAACGUAUAAAACAAAAGUAUAAUUGAUUAAAACAUCCCUAUUUUUAAUGUAAGAUGUUUGUUUACAUUUCUUUGUGUUAUAAUAAAUUGAGUUGGA